CUUUAAGUUGAUCCCGACUUAUGGCUACCCUAUGAAUAGGGAUUUCAUGAAAUUCCUUCCCCAUGUUGCAAUUAGCAAUGGAAAUAAAUCUCCCACUGGUGUCAAACCAUGGCUUAGUGCAGCAGCAAAACAACCAGGCUGAAGCAACGCAGCUACCAUGUCUUCUCUGAGAGCCCACACAUUGCUUGUUCGUGCCAAACCACUUUUUGGCUUAGCAUGAUGUGCAAAUGAGAUUGUCAUCUGUGUAUGAGUUGGAACGGCUCUUAUCAUCUAACCUUAGAGACUUCCCUUCUUUUGCCUGCUCUACUACUUCUGUAAAUGAAAAUGGGACUUACAAAUGUCUUUGGGCUCGGCUUUGUGGAAGUGAAUGGUGCAGUGGUGACAGUGACCAUCCUGGUGAUCCUCUUGGUUCUCUUGGGCUGGUAUUCUACCUCUGGGUUCUCCAGGCUAGAAAAAGUGGGCAUCCACCAUCCUCCACCUUUGCCUUUCAUUGGAAACCUGUUAUACUUUCGUGAGGGCUUUUGGGAAAAACACAAGAAACUGAUAAAUGAAUAUGGGCCUGCUUGUGGGUAUUAUAUUGGCCGUCGAAUGUUCAUUGUGGUAUCUGAGCCAAAUAUGAUCAAGCAUAUCUUAGAGGAAGACUUCAGAAACUUUACUAACAGAAUGACUCUAGACUUGGUUUCUAAGCCAAUUGCAGACAGCAUUCUCAUCCUGCGUGAUGAGAGAUGGAAAGAUGUCCGGAGCCUGUUGACUCCAGCCUUCAGUGCUGCAAAGAUGAAAGAGAUGGUGCCACUAAUCAACCAGGCAUGUGACAUCCUGCUGAGCAGCCUAAAGGUCUUUGCAGAUUCUGACACAGCUUUUGACAUCCAAAGGAAUUAUAGUUGGUUCACUCUGGAUGUUGUUGCUAGUGUGGCUUUUGGAAUCUGUGUGGACUCCCAGAAGAAUCCCAAUGAUCCCUUUGUUAAGAACACCAGAAGAGUCUUUGAACUUUCAAAAUUCAGACCCCUCUUAAUCCUAGCCGUUGCAUUUCCAUUCAUAAUGAUCCCCCUCCUUCGGAUUUUGCCAAAUAAGAAACGAGAUGAGCUGAAUGGAUUUUUUAUCGAUGCCAUUAAGAAUAUGAUUGCUUUGAGAGACCAGCAAGACCCAAAUGAGAGACGCAGGGAUUUCCUCCAGCUGAUGCUUGAUGCCCGAAGCUCCGCUAAUGACAUCACCAGGGGACAUUUUGACACAGUCAGCCUAGCUGACGUUUGCAUUCAGGAAAAUGAGACAUCUGCCAACAAAGCCCUGCCUAAGAAGCAGCCAAAAAUGUUGAGUGAUGAUGAGAUAGCUGGACAGGCCUUCUUAUUCCUGAUUGCUGGCUAUGAAACCACCAACAGCACCCUCUCCUUUGCCACUUACCUGUUAGCCACCCAUCCUCAGUGCCAGGAAAAGCUGCUUCGAGAGGUUGAUGAAUUCUUUUCAAAACAUGGUGUUCCUGACUACCAGAACAUACAUGAGGUUCCGUACCUCGAUAUGGUGAUAGCAGAGGCUCUGCGCAUGUAUCCACCAGCAUUCAGGUUCACCCGGGAAGCAGAAAAAGACUGCUUAGUCUUGAAACAACAUAUACCUGCUGGUGCCAUAAUAGAAAUUGCUGUUGGACAUCUCCAUUACAAUCCAAAGAUCUGGCCAGAACCUGAGAAGUUUGUUCCUGAGAGGUUUACAGCUGAGGCCAAGCAGCAGCGUCCCCCCUUCUCUUACCUCCCCUUUGGGGCCGGCCCUCGCGGGUGCAUUGGCACACAACUGGCUUUGAUGGAAAUAAAGAUAACGUUUCUAAGAAUCUUGCAAAAGUUCAAGUUCAAAGCCUGCUCCAAAACUGAGAUUCCUUUGCAGCUGAUGUCUCAAGCAACACUAGGACCACAGAAUGGAGUCUGCAUCAAGAUAGUUUCUCGAUAGAGCAAAACAGCCAGCACUCUCCCUCUGCCUUCCAAGGAGAUGACCGCUUGCUGUGUGAUGUAUUUCCACUGUAUUGCAAACUAUGUGCUGGAACAGACUUUGCAUUUUUACCUUCUUGGAAAUUAUUUUGGAAUUUGUUUCUCAAAAUCUAGCUGGGCCAGGAAAGGUCUGUGUCCCUUAAUGCAGCCUUGUACUUUAACACUCGCCUAGAAGCCAUAGUUGACAAGAAAUCCCAUGUGGGCAAGUGAGCAGCCUGGGAAUGAGAGAGGAGCAAUGGGAGGGAGGGAGCAGCAAUCUGGCCCUCUUACACAAGGUCAUUUGAUAAAAGGCAAUUUUUAAACUAGCCUGUUAAGAGGCCAGUAACCUGCAUUCUGUGCUGGCUGUGGGGAUGAGGGCUUCCUCGGGCAAGCUAAUUUUAAAAACAGGCUAGUAAUUUUUGUGGGCUUAUCUGCAAGGCUGCCUUAAGGAAUAAACAUGGCAAACUUGGGAAUCCCAGUUAGCAAGAAGCCAACGUCCCCAUUGCAAACCCUGCCAUUGAGAGCCAGUUCAUACAUGCAACAAAACAGAAGUGGUGCAAGAGAUUUGCAAUUCUUGCUCCACUUCUGUUGCAAGAUGGACUUGGGUGUGUCAGGUCCAAUUAGCUUCUGUUAUUACUUCUACUUAUUCUUUUAGUUUAAAUGGCUCUUGAGUUGUGCUGUGGUGUUGAUGAGGCAACUUCUCAUCGUCUAGUAGCAGCAGCAAAGUCAUUUUUCCUUCCUUUAGUACAAAACCAGGAACUUGAGAGCUUAAAAAAGUAACAUCCUUGCAUUUCCUUGGAAGAGAAUUUGUUAUAAUUACAAAAAAUCUUAGGAUGCUGAAUUCCACAACCCAGCCCAAUUCCUGCAAUUCUGCAAGGGAACCCCGGACCAAAAAGAGAAACAAAAUCUCAAAUGGGAGCUCAGAAACAAACAUUAUAUAAACAUGGCUUAUACUUGACAGAGUCUUGGGCUGCAAUCUUAACCCCGCUUACCUAGAAAUAAGCCCCAUUGUAGUCAAUAGGACUUACUUCUGAGUAGACAUAGCUAGGAUUGCACUGUUGAUCUAUUUAAUAGCAACAACGAGAACAGAUAAAUUCUCCAGGUGUUAAAACAAGACUUUUGCCCAAUGUCAGGGAUAUUACGUUAUUGUCAGUUUUCAUUUCUGAGCCACCUCCCCCUGUACUUUUUCUGCUCUUUGGUGCUCAUCAUCAUCAUCAUAUCCUCUUCAUCUUCAGUACAUUCAGCUUUAAUUAUAGAUACCAUCAGCCAAAGAUGUGGCUUGUUGUUCUUGAAUCUGCAUAUAAAAUUCUGCCCUGCUAAUAUCUUUUUCAGCCCUUCCCACCAAAGCACAACUCAGGUUUCAAUUCCUGCUGCUCAUUCUUCUCACUCCCAUUUUAGGUUUCGCAUCCACGUUUGUCUCAUCCAUGCUCCUCUCUCAUUAGUUUUAUAUAUCCCUGCUAAACCAGCCUUUCCCCACAAGGUGUUCUCCAGUUAUUUUGGGUUGCCACUCCCAUCAGCCUCAGCCAGCAUUGGCUGAGGCUAAUGGGACCUGUAGUCCAAAAUAGCUGGAAAACAAGUAUAUUGAACCAGAUCCACUACUGUCUACUUCGAUUGGCAGCCGCUCUGCAGUGUCUCAGACUGGUAGCUUUCCCGGUGCUGCUGCCUAGGAGCUCUCAGGUGAAUGGACCAGAGAUUGAACUUGGGACCACGUGCAUGUAGAGCUAUGCUCCAUUCCUAUGCUACAUUAACGGAAUGUAUUUACUUUAGUUGCAAGAAUAUAGGGACAAGUGCUAUCCUAUAGCCAACUGCAACAAGAAAGCACAGAAAUAAGGUGGCACAAAGUGUUCUGUUUAGACUAAUUUACAGACAUCCUAGGAAAAUGUGUGCAGGAAAGGCGGUCAGUUGAUUCGGUAUUUUGAGUAAAUAGUUGUGAAUUUAUAUUGGCACUGGGUAGCAAGAAGGCUACAGCUUCUUCUUGUUCUCCAGGAUUAGAAAGGUUUAAUGGAUUUGGUUGUCUCCAGGGUGAACAGGCCACUUUAGAAAUGACAGAGGCAGCUAGCAACUGCAAAAUUGUAGCCAUUUUGUAACCAAGAAAACACCCCAAAUUAAACAUUUUCAUUCUCCUCAUGGCAGGUGUUUCGACAUGCUAUAAUUUGAGACCUCAAGUAAAUUGGGUUACUGUUGUAAAAUACGUAAAGGGAAAGCUAAAGAAAUUACAAUGCAAUCGUAAUCAUGUCUACUCGGCCCUGCAGUGAAGUCUUACUGAAUUCAAUGGAGUUUUCUCCCAGGUAAGUGGAGUUAGGAUUGCGGCCUUAGGACAGAAGACAGAGGAACUUCAGAGGGGUGCUUUUUAAACCAAGCCAUCAAAAGUGCACUUUUAAGAUAACACCUUCCAGUUUUCAUAGUCAACCUGCAGCUUAACCAUUUAUAAAGUGAGUGUUCGCCUCAUGUUGCUUUGGCAGCUAUCACUGUAUAAAGUUUGCAAAACAUGGCAAUUUACCAAUUAAUAGUGUUAUUUUGUGAAUAUUAACUGGUUACAGACUUAUCUAGGAUUUGGAAGACAUUCAUUAGCUUUUUCCCCUAUAAGGCUGUCACAUGAGCUGUGUGGGAAUGCGCAUAAAGCUUUUUAAGUCAGACCAAUGGCCAAACAAUUCGAAGACCUGCAGGUCCCCAGUGUUUCAAGUGGGAGCCUCUCACAGUCGAGACACCAGGGAUUGGACCUGGGAUCUUGCACAUACCAGAAAUGUGUUCUAUUACUGAGCUAUGGACUUUUCUCAGGAACAGGCAACUUGAUUAAACUGAAGUCUUGGGAUGUUAACCAGUUACGAUUCCAGCCCUCAAAACUUUCCCUUAGAAUUGAUUUCUGUAGCAAACAACUUGAACUUACCUUUCAAGUAAAUUCAGAUUUUGUUUACUGCCCAGUGAAAAGCAAAAGAAAACAACAAAUACUUUAUCUGAAAAUAUAUCCGCUGUGCUUGUGAUAAAGUGCAGGGGUGAAAUCUGAUGCCACACAAGUGGAUUUUUGCUUGUGGAACAGAAUUUCUCCUUCCCUCCGCGCUUCCCACAUGCUCUGAAGAGUCUCGAUGCAGACAUGGCAAGUGCCAAAACAACUUCAGAAAGUGUUAUUCGUUUUAGGGCUAGCAGAACUCUGCUAUCCAACUUUACAUUCCCGUUAAGAGCUCAGGGAAAAGAAUAGAGUUAAAAUAUAGAUGUUUUCAGGAUUUGUGGUGUUUUGACUGACAUUUCCUCAACAUAAAAUGCUUUUCAGAAGGAUUUGAAAGCAGAAUUUGCCAGCAAGCAAAACAGAAAAUCUGCUGCUGUGAUUGAGUGAUUAAUAUAGUUGCUAUGAUUAGAAUGUAGCAUCUUCAAGGAAUUCUUAUUUUGUCUCAAUUGUAAACUGCAUUUUUAAAAAUAAUUGGGGGAAGGGAUUGUGCUUCACAGAUGACUAAAAUACUUAGUAAACAAGCAUUUUAAACUCCUAUUAUCAAAUGUGAAGUAUUUGUAUUAUAUUUGAUUCUAUGGUGGUUGUUUUUUUGCACUUUCAAAAUAAAGUUAUUUUGAAAGAGUUUA